UUGCUCUCCGCUGAUCUAACCUCAAUCGUUCAUCAAUUAUGUAUUAAUCUGUUUACACAAUACGGAAUAAUUUUUAACAUAUUUGUUACCAGAUAAAUUAUUCGACCAACAUGAAUGUCCUUUCUAAGGGGAAAUGUGUGUCGAGAAUUAUAGACAGUUAUCUGAAGAACGGUAGUCAUGUCACGAGAGGCUUUAAAUCGGAACUAAAAAUCAAGUGGGUUCGCCCUGAGAAAAUACCCAGUAUAAGGCCGGAAAAAAGUGGCGAUUUGGGUUUAGAUAUAAAACUCGAUCGAAAUGAUUACAAUGAAACGUACAGUCAGUCCAAGGAGUUUAAGGAAGCCGAUGAAGUUGUGAAGAACAUGUUUAGCCUGAAAUUUUUUCCACAAAGAGAAGUACGGUCUCUGGAAAGAAGAAAAUUCGUCGAUGGCAUUAGACAACACUAUUUAGAUACUACUUCAUACGAAUCACGAAUCGCUUCGAUGACUUGUGAAAUCUUACAAUUACAAGAGCAAAUGGUUGAAAAUGAUAGGAAUGGAAAGACUAGAGAAUUCCUAAAGGAACUAAUCGAUAAAAGGAAAAGAAUACUUAAAUGUUUGCGAAUGGCGGACUACAAGCGUUUUGAAUGGCUUCUCGAAAAACUGAAUAUUGUUUACCAUCCUUUCCCUGAAAGAUACUCACGGCCAUGUCGAAAGGAUUCAUUGAGAAAAUUGACAGCAAAGCAUUGCGACGAAGUUAAGCAGAAAAAAUUGGACAGCUACAAAGCUGAACUAAAUGCCCAAAAAAAGGAUUUCUACAAAGAGAAAGCCGAGAAGCUUGCCUUUAUCAGAAACGAAGAACAGUCUCUAGGUCUACCCAUCACUGUAACCGAAGAAGAUAUUGAACAUGCAAGAAAAUUAGCUGCAGAAGCACAAUAGGAUCUUAGAGAAAGAAAAUUGUACGAAAUGAUUUAAAAAUAACAAUUUACAGUAAGUGAA